AUGAAUGGGACUGAGGGCAACAACUUCUACAUUCCUAUGUCAAACAGGACAGGGCUUGUGAGAAAUCCUUUUGAAUACACCCAGUACUAUUUAGCAGAACCAUGGAAAUUCAAGGCUUUGGCUUUCUACAUGUUUCUGCUGAUUAUUUUUGGAUUGCCUAUCAAUGUUCUGACUUUGGUAGUAACAGCUCAACAUAAGAAACUUCGACAGCCACUCAACUACAUUUUAGUGAACUUGGCUUUUGCUGGCACAAUUAUGGUCAUCUUUGGAUUUACGGUUUCUUUCUACUGCUCACUUGUGGGCUACUUGGCUCUAGGUCCCCUUGGGUGUGUAAUGGAGGGUUUUUUUGCAACAAUUGGAGGUCAAGUGUCUCUUUGGUCACUGGUGGUGCUGGCAGUUGAGAGGUACAUUGUGGUGUGUAAGCCAAUGGGGAGCUUCAAAUUCUCUUUGAACCAUGCAAUAGCAGGCAUUGUCUUCACAUGGGUCAUGGCUUGUAGCUGUGCAGUGCCCCCACUUUUGGGAUGGUCCAGGUAUAUUCCAGAGGGGAUGCAGACUUCAUGCGGACCGGAUUACUACACUUUGAAUCCAGAAUAUAAUAAUGAAUCUUACGUCAUUUACAUGUUCAGCUGCCAUUUCUGCAUACCUGUAACCACAAUUUUCUUUACCUACGGCAGUCUGGUCUGCACAGUAAAGGCUGCAGCAGCCCAACAGCAGGACUCAGCCUCCACCCAGAAGGCAGAAAAGGAAGUGACACGUAUGGUCAUCCUGAUGGUUUUGGGCUUCCUGCUGGCUUGGGUUCCCUAUGCUAGCUUUGCUGCCUGGAUAUUUUUCAAUAGGGGGGCUGCCUUCUCUGCACAAGCCCUGGCAGUGCCAGCCUUUUUCUCCAAGACCUCAGCCCUGUUUAACCCUUUCAUCUAUGUGCUGCUCAACAAACAGUUCCGUAGCUGCAUGCUGAACACCCUGUUCUGUGGCAAGAGCCCUCUUGGUGACGAGGAGUCCUCAUCUGUGUCAACAAGCAAAACAGAAGUGUCCUCUGUGUCUCCUGCAUAG